AUGAUGCCAUUCUGGACAACGGUUUUCAGCAGCAAGCACCAGUCCUACUAUCUGGGCGAAACCGUGGAUGUCAAGCCUGAAGAGCUGACCGAAGAUGUCCUCAAGAUGCGGUACGAAUACAGCGAUGGGGAGGUCCAUUUUCUCACCCUGUGCCCCAUCCGUCAGGACUACGUAACCGACCUUUUGCUCGGUACCGGCUUCCGGAGCGUGGAGCGGUACGGCGAUUUCGAAGCGGGCUACGACCUCUACGAUCCGGAUUUCGUGAUCCAGAUCGCCAGGAAGUAG